AUGAAUUGCAACACUGAUCCCUAUUUGCUGGGCCGACAAUUCCAGCGCUUCCGCCAAGAUAACCCAGACAACACGAAUGACUUCAUCUGGACCGAAUACGACCUCUACUACUUUACAUUCUGUCCUCUCUCAGCCGCUCUACAAAGCGAGGAGAGAUACCCUCUUGAAUGGCGAUAUGAUUCCCUGCGCUUGCGAGCCAACCGCGUCCACUGGAGGACUUUGAUGGCGCAUCAACAUCCCCACGAUGAUGCCAUGGAAGAAUGGCUUUCGAAAUGGCGACAGCCCCUGAUCGAGAAGUGGCGUGAAGAAAGAGCUGCAAAUGCGAAGGGGUUUUGGAAGUGGGUUUGGGGGUGA